AUGUAGCAAAGAUGUCCGCGUCUUGAGAAGCAAAAGGAUAAAAUCAAAAAUGCAUUUUUUUUUUUCAUAAUAUUAAAAAUAGAAGCGUAAGCCCUCUUCGUCUUCCUCCAUCAUGUGGAUUUUUCGCAUGUCAUCAAGAAAAAGAAAUGGCUGAUGCUAUUAUGAAAGCAAAAGUCGAAAGGUGCGACCUCCAGACCCGGGUCGAGAACUUUGUCGUUCUGCAUACGCAAAGCUCGAAGACGAUGAAAUUCUGGGUGCAAGAAAUGAACGAGACGAGAUCUACACCAAGUGACGCUACACCAAAAAAUGACGACUCACAUGUCGGAGAAAUUAACGAGGAGAAAACAGCUGCUGAAGAAGAAGGGCAGAACUUUCUUCAUGCUGUGGUUGUGGACGCGGCGGAGCCGGAGCCUGCGCAGGCAAUGCUCCCUCCGGGCCAAGGCAAAAAAAGCAAACGGGAAAUUGCAGAUGAGGAGUUUGUGCUCGCACAUGCGUUAGAACGGGAGAGAGAUCCUCUAACGGGAGAGAUUGACUUCGAGGAUUCGGAAGAUGGGGAUGCCGAUGGCUUUCGUUUCCUCAGAGAGACCGACACCUGGCUGGACGUAGUUGCUGCCGUGUUCGAACACAGGCGGAAAAACAACGAGCCCAUGACCGACGCGAUUGAAAUUUACUGCGGGUUCAAUGCGAUGCCGAUGCCAGAGGAAAACGAAAAGAACGCGGAAGGCGAAAAGGAACACACACCGGAAGAGAGCUCACAAAUAAACGAGGAUUACAUGGACAUCGACGAACCUUGAUUUCAGAAACAACCUGAUGUUUAUGAAGAAGACUCGCCCUACUUUCUUUUCAAGAGUAAAAAGAUAUAGAGAUGUUGAUGUUGCUGCUCUUGCAUGUCAAUCUGUGCAAUCCUCC